AUGGUCCAAACCUACCAAAGACAUUUCUGUGAAGAGGUCACUCAAGGACGGAGGGAUCCCUGCUACAACUUAACUACAGACAGCAAAUCCUGGGACUUUUGUGGGAAUUAUAUGAGGUCAUUGCUUCUUGUGGAUGAUAGAGCUGGAGACAUGCCUACCAGAAAGCCCUUGAGGGUAACAUCUGCUCAAGGUUUACAAUGCUAUGAUUCCUUUUGUCUUUCUGGAACUUUAGGUAAGAAUGUAAAAUCUCAGCUAUACUUGAGUAAGAUGAGCAGGAAGGAAUUGGAGGACAAUUUUUCUCAACUGCAAGAGGAGAGUUUGCUGGUAAAGGAGUUAUCUUGGAAGCAAGAGGAUCAGAUCAAAAGGAUGAGGACAAAAUUGUUGAAACUAACAGCUGAUGGAAGAACUAGUGGGGAAACCAGUAGGUCUAGCAGGAAUUUGAAAACUGAAGAAACCAUCGAGAACUUGAAGGACCAAGUGUGGCAGUUGCAAAGACACAAUGAGGGACUCAACAACCGUCUUAUGAUGUAUAAACAGCAAUUACAAGUCCAGAGCUCUGGACGCUCUCCAUAUAGUUAUGUCCAGCCUCGGAUCAAAACAGGGAGGCGGAAGCUUCAUACUUCUGAUGCUCAAAUCAUAGCAAAACUCAAAAGAGAACCGCAUACCAGGCCAAGUUACACAGCGCCUCCUAUGUACAAAGAGCAUUUGGUGGAGGAAGUCAAAGCUGAGAUGCCCAGUGAACUUGUAUGUACAUCUAGCAGAGUCCAGAUUAUGACCAACAAUACUGAGAAAGUAGAUCAACUAGAAUUGUCACCCCGGUCUCCAGAGAAGAUAUGGUCCAAAGAUGAAGACUGUGAAGAGAAAAGUUCCUUAGAACAUGCUGAAUUGGCCACACAGUAUAGAGCAUCUAUCAGGGAAAAUGUGGAACUGAUCCAAGUGAUGAGACUCCUGCAUGAGAGAAGCGCAGCACUUGCGGCAGCAAAGGCACAAGAAGCAGACCUGCAGGAGGUGAGAGCUACAUGGCUAAGAAGGAAUCAGAAGAUACUAAGCACAGCCUAUAAUGAUAUGCUAUCUCAACUGGAAGAGCUCAGCAAAGAAUUGAAAGAAAAGAGCAAGGCAGUGGUGAAACUGGAAAAGAGGUUGUCAGAUAUGUCUGUCCUACGGAUUACCGUGAGAGAGUUUCAAGAAAGAAUGGAAGACUUAAAAAGAGAAAGAAAUCUACUGAAGAACAAUCAUGACAGACUCUUAAAAAAGUGAGUUUUGGAUGUAUCCACCAACAGCAACCAGCCCCACUGGAGCACCGACCUCAUGAAAGAACGACUCCAGCAGAAAGUCUCUCACCUACAGGAGCAGUUGGAUUCUGAAGUAGCCGAGAAAAGAAAGAUUUUGCUUCAACUGGCCAAGGAACAGGCUGAAAAUGCAGACCUGAAGCAGGAAGUCAAUCAGAUGCUAAUGAAACAUAAAAAGGAAGUAGAAAUUCUCCAACAGAAAACUAACACCCAUUCUAUUAGCAGUCAAUCAGAAUCAGAGUUUUUGCAAACUUCACAAGAAGAUUAUACUAAAGAAACACAGACCCAUGAACUGAAUCCUCCACCAGAAAAGAAAGAAGAGGAAAAGACCCUGUCUUGGGCUUACAAUCAGAUGAAGGUAGCACAUGCAGAAACUGCUCUAGAAUUAGAGAAGACAAAAGACAUGCUCUUUCUGCAGCAUCAGAUCAACAAACGUUACCAGAAUGAACUGGAAAUUGUGAAGAUAAAAGCUGAUAACAGUGAGAGAGAGCACAAGGAAGAGUGGGAGAAAUUGAACCAGCUCCUGGACCUCAAGAACAAUCGCAUUCAACAGCUAGAAGCACAGCUCAAAGAUGUGGCUUAUGGUACCCUGCCAUUCCCACCACGUCCGGAAAUGAUGCCCAUCCACGGGGAGAAGGAUCCGGUGGACGGUCUUCCGCUGCAUCGGGGUGAAAACCUUUUUGAACUGCACAUUCAUCAGGCCUCUCUGUCCCCUGCAGCCCUGUCUCACGCCGGAGAUGCCCAGCUUGUUUCCUUCUGUACCUAUUCCUUUUAUGAUUUUGAAAUCCAUUGCACCCCGCUGGCCGUGGGGCCGCAACCACUCUAUGAUUUCACCUCCCAGUAUGUGGUGAGGACAGAUUCCCUUUUCCUGAACUACUUGCAAGGAGCUCUGUUCCGAAUCGUCCUCCACCAGGCUGUAGCUAUUGACCACAGUCCUCUUGCUAUGGGCGGCCUUCGUUUUGACAAGGUGCUAGCGACGGAGGAGAAGGUCCAUGGCACGGCCCUGCUGACUGGGACUAAUGGAGAAGACUUUGGGACACUGGAUUACUGGAUGAGGCUGAAAUUCCCCAUAGCACACUGCCUGUGGGCAUCCACUAAGCGAUUGAAAGCCCAAGCAUACCUGUCUGCUAAUGUGCUUGGGGCCAGGAAGGCUCAGCCAGAGGAGUCCAGAUCAGAGAUUUUCAAGCAUAGGAAUGUAUUGUGGGUGGAAAUCAUCAGGUGCUGCAGCCUCCGGAGCCGCUGUAUGGGGACACAGCCCAGCCCAUAUGCCAUCUACCAAUUCUUCACCUUUUCUGACCAUGACACACCCAUCAUUCCUGCCAGCAACCACCCCCACUUUGGUGAUCGGGCCAGCUUCCCAGUGCACAUGACGUUGGAACUGGAUCAAUAUCUCAGGCAGACGGUCCUGUCUAUUUAUGUGUUUGAUGACAAUGAAUCUGAGCUAGGCUGGUUCCUUGGCAAAGCUCAGGUACCUUUGCAGCCUCUCGCACAAGAUAAAGCCAUUCAAGGUAACUUCAUCCUCAAUGACCCUGUGGGGAAACCCAAUGGGUCCAUUGAACUGAAAUUGGAUUGGGAGUCUCAUUACCUAUCCCAGGAGAGUUCACUGAAGCCAGCAACCCAGACUGUUGAAAAUUACAACAAGGCACCCCUGUCUGUGGACAAUUACAAGGAAGCACCCUUAUUUGUAGAAAAUUUCAUCAUGGCAAACCUGAAUAUAAAAGAUUACAAUGAGGCACCCUCCUCCAUGGAAAACAACAAUGCAAAGCUGCCUACAGAACACUGCAAUGAGGCACCCCUGUUUGUGGAAUGUUACAAUGAGGCACCUCUGUUGGAAGAAAAUUAUGAGGCACUUCUACCUACCAAAAUUCACAAUGAGGCAAAUCUAUCUAUAGAAAAUAAUGAUGAAGAAAAAUUGUCUGUAGAAAACUACAAGGAGGCAAACCUGUCUGUAGAAGAUUAUAAUGAGGCAAACUUGAUUAUAGAAAAUUACAAUGAGGCAAACCUGUCUGUAGAAGAUUACGAAGAAAACCUUCCUAUUGAAAAUUACAACAAGGCAAACGAGUCUAUAGAAAACUGCGAGGAAGCAGCAAAUCUGUCUAUAGAAAGCUGUGACAAGGUAGAAAAACUCUACGAGACAAACCUGUUUGUAGAAAACUUUGAAGAGACAAACCUGUCUAUAGAAAACUUUGGGGAGACAAACCUGUCUGUAGAAAACUUUGAGGAGACAAACUUGUCAGUAGAAAAAUGUUAUAAGGCAAACCUGUCCAUAGAAAACUGUGAGAAGACAAACCUGUCUAUAGAAAACUUUGAGGAGACAAAUCUCUCUAUAGAAAACUGUGAGGAGACAAACCUGUCAAUAGAGACAAACCUGUCUAUAGAAAAAUGCGAGGAGACAAAAUUGUCUAUAGAAAAAUGCGAGGAGGUAGAAAAAUGCUACAAGGCAAACCUGUCUGUAGAAAACUGUGAGGAGACAAAUCUGUCUAUAGUAAACGGCGAGGAGGUAGAAAAAUGCUACGAGGCAAAUCUGUCUGUAGAAAACUGUGAGAAGACAAACUUGUCUAUAGAAAAAUUCGAGGAGGUAGAAAAAUGCUACAAGGCAAACCUGUCUGUAGAAAGUUGCACCAAGUUAGAAAACAGUGAGCAGGCAAACCUGGCUAUAGAAAAAUGCGAGGAGGUAGAAAAAUGCUACGAGGCAAACCUGUCUGUAGAAAACUGCACCAAGGUAGAAAACAGUGAGCAGGCAAACCUGCCUAUAGAAAAAUGCGAGGAGGCAGAAAACAGUGAGGAAAAAAAACUGGCUAUAGAAAACUGCGAGGAGGCAGAAAACAGUGAGGAGAAAAACCUGGCUAUAGAAAACUGCAAGGAGGCAGAAAACAGUGAGGAGGCAAAGCUGUAUGUAGAAAACUGUGAAGAGGUAGAAAACAGUGUGGAGACAAACCUGGCCUUAGAAAACAUUGAGGAGCCAAACCUGGCCUUAGAACACAGUGAGGAGACAAACCUGGCUGUAGAAAACCAUGAGGAGGCAGACCUGGUUGUAAAAAACAGUGAGAAGGCAGAGCUGGCUGUAGAAAACAGUGAGGAGGCAGAACUGGCUGUAGAAAACAGAGAGGAGGCAAACCUAUCUGUAGAAAACAGUGAGGAGGCAAAACUGGCUGUAGAAAACUGUGAAGAUGCAAACCUGUUUGUAGAAAAUUACAAUGAGAUGCCCCUGUUGGUAGAAGAUUAUAAAAAAACAUCUCAACCUAUAGAAAAUUAUAAUGAGAAACCUAUAGAGAUUCCAGUUGAAGAAGAAAACAUUUUAUUUCACCAGGUAGGGAAAAGAAAGGAAAAGAAGCCUCAGGCUGAAAGCUAUUUGAAAAUAAAAUAUGGCAAGAAAGGAAUAGAAAGAGAAAUCCUAGAGCAGGUGAAUGAGUUGAAAUCAUCAGGUGCUAUUGACGAUGUGGAAAAAGAGCCAGAGGAAGAGGAAUGUUUUAUAGAAAUAAAGCCGCAAGAACCUCCAUCUCCUGACACUGCUGCGGAUCAAGCUGAUGAAAUCAGUGAAGCACAGACUACAGACAGUGAAGACAUCAUUGUGACCCCCCUGACCCAGAAAGGACCCAAGACAAAUUCUGACAAGAUUUGCAUUGAAAUUGUGUCUCUGGCCUUUGAUCCUGAGGCUGAAGUGAUGUCCGACGAGAGCAUCCAGCAGGUGUAUGUGGAGUACAAAUUUCAUGAUCUGCCCUUGUCAGAGACGGAGACACCAGUAUCCCUUCGGAAACCCAGAGCAGGGGAAGAUAUCCACUUUCAUUUCAGCAAAGUGAUAGACCUGAACCCAGUGGAACACAGAGACCGAAGGAAGUUUCUCUUUUCUAUGUUGCAAGAAAAGAAUCCUGAGCAGAGGCAGCUGAAGUUUAUAGUGGUGAGUGAUCCUGAAGAGCAAAAGAAUGAAUGUCAAGAAGUAGGCUAUGCUUACCUGGAACUGUGGCAGAUCCUGGAUACAGGAAGAGACAUUUUAGAACAAGAGAUAGACAUCGUCAACCCUCAGGACAAUGCCACCUCCAUUGGAAAACUGAAAGUGUCCCUUCAAGCAACUGAUGCACUCCACGCCAUUUUCAGGGAGAUGAAUGAAGAUAUGCAUUUGUGA